GUAUCGUUUGGUCACUGGUCAGUCGAGUCAGUCGCGCCAUCGGACCCUAGGCUCAUUGUUCUGUUGUGUGGUAUUGUCGCGCUUAGACGCUUAGUUGUAUUUUACAUCGCCGUGCAUGAAGUCGUAAUUUCGUUUCGUUAGUUGUUUGAGUUUUAUAAUAUUGUUCGUAGAUAGUUCCUCCACAUUUUUAGUACGGAAUCCGAAGUCCGGUGAUACGUUUUCGAAUUUGACUUGGCAAAAUCAUUUAGCAAGAAAAACCGUUGCCUAAAGAUUUUUAAAAUUAAAUCAUUGUGGCGAUGAUGAGAAAUUUAGAACAUGAAUACGAUGAACUACUGCUGGAAUUUAAUAACAGAUUUUGGAAAAAAACAGAUCAUGGACAAAAUUAAUGGGCAAGGAUACAAUUUAUAUUAAUGACACCCAUAUGACAAUUCAAAUGGCAAAAGAACGUGAAUAUCCUUCAUCUUCGACACUUGAUAAUUCAGGACAAAGCGUGCCGAAGAAUAUCAAUAAAACAUCAACAUCUGAAACAAUAAAUGCAGCUCCAAAAAAUGAAGCUGUUGAUAAUAUAACUCCUAAACAAUCUGAUCAAAAUGUGGAUGAUUUGCCUGUGAUAAGUGAUUUAGACAUUGAAGAAGUUAUUAGAAGUAUACAGGACAAUCAAGAACCAAUUGCAGACAAAGUAAUGGAGUUCAAUGUGGAUGCCCUAUUAAAUGACCCUUAUACAUUGUGAUUUAUAAUUUUAAACAUAACUUCUGCAAGCCUAAAUUUAAUUUAUUAUCAUUUAAAUACUUUAAAUACUAUCUAUAUUACUUACUAUUUGAUCACAAAUAAAAUUUAGGCUUGCAGAAGUAUAAAACAAAAAUCAGAAAUCAAUUAAUGUUAGAAAUGGUACAAAAAAAAUUACAUAAACAAUAAAAUUGGUUACAAAAUAACCAGUCGAUAAAUUUUUUUUAUAUAAACUAUAUUGAAUAUUUGAAUGUAGUAUUAUGGAUUGGACAAGUUCCCUAAUAAUAUUUUCUCAAUGUAAAUUUAAAAAAUGUUUUGAAUUAGUAUUAUCAAAUUCAUGUUUAAAAUUAUAUUUUGAAUAAUUGUAUUUUUGAGAUUUA